AAAAUGAUGGCUAUUGUGGUAGCGCUGUUUGCACUCAGCUGGCUGCCCAUUCAAAUAUUCAGUUUGUUGGUGUACUUCAGCCCUGAGACGGUGCUUCCUGUUUUAGACGAAGAUUUCCCAGGCUUCGCUGCUGCUUUUCUUUGCUGCCAUUGGCUCUCAAUGGCUAAUAGCUUUGUCAAUCCGAUUGUCUACUGUUUCAUGAGCGACAACUUCAGGACUGAUCUGAGACAGUUAUUACUGUGUGGUAGGCGAAGAGUUAGAUUGGAUCCGAGAGCCUCCACAAUGUUCACAGGUUCCACCACAGUUAAGAACUCCCAAGUAGCUCUACGUUCUCUGAAGCCAUCUGAAGAAAAGAUCUUGAGACGACCGCUCCGAGAAAGAACCUGGACAUCCAUGGGAGUACAGGAUGAAAAGAUGCAUUACAAGAACUAAUUUUGUUACGUAGUUUAUGCAUCUUUUAUUUCUAUUUUUAUUUAAUAUUUAUUGUGUCUGAAAUAUGUUGCCAAUCUGAUGCCAUCAGACGUACUGAAUGUUUUUGUAUGUGAGGUGUGUCAAGUUCUCACACCUUGAUUUUAAUAUGGAAAUGUCAUUAUAUCACGUGUCGCAGCGAUUAAGGAAUUAGACAUCUUGACAUCUAUCAAACGUCUAAAAAGAGGUAACUUAUUCAGUGAAGGCUUAUUGUAUCAAAAGCUCCAAUAAAAAAGUUGAUCAUUGAAGAGUUAAAGCCAGUAAUAAUGCUAUAACGAAAUAACAAAAACAUAUUAUUAUUCAGUAAGGAAAUGUUUUGAACAAUUUUAGAGCAUAUUACCAAUAGACUUGUCAAUGUUGUGGGAUUUCAGUGAAACGGAGAUAUAACAGCUACUAAAAUAACAAUAGUUUGAGCUUGAGAACUGUAUAAAACUCACAUUUUUCGAACCGUUCCAUUUUCACUUCAUUCUUCCUGUCCGUAAGAGGAAAACUGAGCUUUUAUCAAUCAUUUGAUGUCGCAAUAGAUUAACAGAGCGCGAUGAUCGAACGACGAGUGUUGUCACUUAACAUUUUUUAUGCAGACAGCUAUUUAAUGACAUUAAGUUGAAAACUUGAGAUCUAAAAGUUGUUUUUAUUGCUGACAGAAGAUUACGACGCGAGAAAGAAUUAUUGAAUGCAUAUUUCGAAGCCAAAAGGUUGAAUUAAGCAAGUUAGUUAAACAAAGCUGAAAGUUAACUACUUGGUGCCAUAUAAGGAUAUAAACUUCGUUUCUUCGAAAAUUAAUUAGCGAAGAUUCUGGAUGUUCGCUUUUUGUCAUCAGGUAAAGCAAACACGUUACUUUUUUUUUUAUAAUGCGUUACACAAAAAAUGAAAGAGUGUCAGCGAAGUAAGCGUUACAUGUGGAUUAAUUUUAGCUCGAUUAAAAUAUUAUGUCCGUUGUCUUGUAAAAAAAUAUGUGUUAAAUGUUAAUAACGUUAUUGGUGCUGACAUGUGUGAAACUUAAAAGCCCUACAUUGGUAAGGCUUAAUUUUAAAAUACAGUAUCACUAUUAUAUGAACUAAUAUACCUUUAUGGAGUGUUUCCCUACGCACAGAGUUUCUCUGUUGACUAUAAAUAAUUUUACUGCAUGUUUGGUGGAAAUGAUAUUCAUCGUUUUGUGGAAACUUUAAAUGUUACAUGUAAUAAAUAACAUUAAUGUCUCAAUGCUUCGCUUAUAUUUAAUCCUUAAAUGCAGUAUAAUUUAUAUUUUAUUUAAAUAAAAUUAUAGUACUAAUCCAAAGUAAUAAUUGCAUUUUCUUUAUUUUCGUUCAAGGAUUUUGUUUAUUAUGAAAUAAUGUUAUAUUCAUAAUCAUAUUGAAAAAUGUACACGUAUAAUUUUUUAUAAUUCUAUUUUCGAAUGAAGAAAUUUUAAUUCAGGCUAUCAAUAGCAACUUAAUAAGAAGUCUAUAGCUUAGAGCAGGUAACUCCCGUAUAACACGGCAUGAUUUUCUGUGGCAAUUUUAAAGACAUGAGAAAACCCCUAUUAUGAAAAGAAAAUAAGGUAUGCCAAUAAGAUAAUAUUCCAAUAAAAUUAUACUUAAAAAGAUUUUCAUAAAAUGAUAUUCUAAUAAGAUUCCAGAGAAGUGUUAUUGAAUUAAAAUUCUAAUUCAAAGCCAAAUUAUGCAAAUAAGGGCCCAAGAUAGCCAUUAGACCUAAUAUGUUAAAUUGUCACCUACGAUUUUUAUGAGUAAACAUUUUCUUUAGUUCUGAAAACUUCAGAAAAAGCUAGCAAUACACAAUCUAGUACUCAUCUGUAAUUCCUCAAGUUCCGUUUCUUCAUGCAUUCAUUCGUAAAAGUUAAGUUGUAUAUAAUCAUAACGUCUCAUUUUGACAGAGUGGGUAUCUCAUAUAUUUAGAGAAAUGUUUUUACUUCAUUGUACGAAUUUCAACGGAAAGUAAAGGAAAAACCGUCUGUACGUACGUAGGUAUGUAUGUAUCUCGCAUUAACUCAAAAACGAGGCGCCUCAGAACGUUGCAAUUUGUAUAUUGGAUUCCUAUAACAUGUAGUUGUGCACCUCCCGUUUUGGU